AGCUAGCUUAUAGCUAGCAUUGCACAGCACAUGAAAGUUCUAGCAGAUUUCACUGGGAAGGACCUCUAGCGAUAAUUAUGCAAGUGUCCUCUGAAUCCGUUUGGAAUGCUUGUUUUAACGAGCAGAAAUUUGAAAGUUUGUUUUGUGUUAUGCUGUUUAUAAAGCAUUGCAAACAACGGGAGGAAUGAUUGGAUUUUCCGCUUGCCUGACGUAAGUUUUGUAUCGUGUGGUAGUGUUGUGAAAGAGGAAACAAUUGAAGGAAGUACUGUCAAGCGAGGACGAACCCAGGGGAGUAAUAUGUCAACCAAUUUACGUCAGUAUAAAGAAGAUGACAAGUUGGCUCUGUCAGAACGGUUCACAUUUGCUAGUAUUCUAAAAGUGUUUUGUGGCACAAGUUUACUGUAGUGGGGGCGGCCGCCGGCCAUGACUUGAGCGCAGCAUGGUGGAGCUCGGCGUGCGCGUGGUGCGCGGCCCGGACUGGUGCUGGGGGGAGCAGGACGGCGGCGAGGGCCACGCGGGCACCGUCGUCGAGGUGGGCCGCACCGGCUCCGGCACCUCCCCGGAGGGCACCGUCGUCGUCCAGUGGGACGCGGGCAUGCGCACCAACUACCGCACCGGCUACCAGGGCGCCUACGACCUGCGUGUCGUCGACAAUGCGCCUGCAGGUGUGAGGCACCCGAACAUAAAGUGCGACGCGUGCUUCAAGCACGGCAUCCGUGGGAUGCGAUGGAAGUGCGUCCAGUGCUACGACUUUGACAUCUGCACCCAGUGCUAUAUGGCCGACAAGCACGACACGGACCACGCCUUCGAGAGGUUCGAGACCAACAGGUCUGUCGGGGUGGACAUGCCUCCUCGCAAGGGAGGUGUGAAGCUUCAGCUGAAGGGUAUAUUCAUCGGAGCCAAAGUGGUCAGGGGGCCGAGCUGGGACUGGGGAAAUCAGGACGGAGGAGAAGGGAAGACCGGUAGAGUGAUCGACAUUCACGGCUGGGACAACGAAUCGGGACGGUCGGUGGCGAACGUGACGUGGACGUCGGGCUCGACCAACGUGUACCGUGUCGGGCACCGCGGCAAGGUGGACCUGAAGUGCGUGCAGGAGGCGUCGGGAGGCUCCUACUACAGGGAUCACUUGCCUGUGCUCGGAGCUGUGGUAGGCAUUUGCCGUGCGAGUCCAAACGGUGGUACUGUAGUGGCCCCGAGGCGACACCUGACAUUCAAUGUCGGCGAGCGUGUCAAGGUCACGUUGGAUGUUGCCUCCCUUAAGCAGCUGCAGGAAGGCCAUGGAGGAUGGAAUCCACGUAUGGCCAAUUACAUCGGUACAGUCGGGACCGUGCACCGGGUGACGGAGCGCGGGGACAUUCGCGUGCGCUACGAGGGCUGCAACAACCGCUGGACACUGCACCCGGCGGCGCUCACCAAGGUGAACACGUUCGCCGUGGGCGACACGGUGCGCGUGAAGGACGACUUGGCACUGGUGCGCGAGUACCAGAAGGGCCACGGGGAAUGGAGUGAGGCGAUGCGACCGGCACUGGGGAAGCUGGGGCAGGUGACGCGCGUGUACGGAGACGGGGACCUGCGAGUCUGCGUCGACAGCGAGACGUGGACUCUGAACCCGCAGUCCGUCACGCUGGUGACUGCCGUCGACAGCGAGCUCAGCAACACGAUGGGAGGCCGGAGUGCCGACAGGCAGGACCACGCCAGCCCGCUGGCAGCGCUGCUGCAGGACCUGGUGGUGGAGCAGGCGGCCGGCAGCAUCGACCGGCUGGUGAGGGAGGCCGCCCAGGGCCACGCCGACACCGUCCGAGACUUCAUCACCAGCUUCCCCGACAAGGUGGACGGCAAGAGCGGCGGCAAAACUUGCCUGCAGGUCGCGUGUCACCAGGGCCACACGGAGCUGGUGACGAUGCUACUGGACGCGGGGGCGUCACUCGUGCUGCCGGACGACGAGGGUGACACCGCGCUCCACUACGCGGCAUUUGGGAAUCAGCCCGAGAUAAUGCAGCUGCUCCUGUCGAGAGGCGCGGACAUCGACGCUGUGAACAGAGGUCACUGCACCGCGCUGCACGUAGCGGUCAACAAGCAACACGUGCAGUGUGUGUCUGAGCUGCUGAAGAAAGGCUGCAACGUCAACAUUCAGGACCUGUACGGAGACACCGCCCUGCACGACGCCAUCUGCAAGGAGAGUGCCGAGAUCACCGACAUGCUCUGCGCGGUGCCGAACAUCGACUUCACGCUGCGCAACCGUCGAGGCUUCAACGUGCUCCAGCACGCUGCCCUCAAGGGGAACAACUUUGCCACCGAGAGGCUGCUGCAGCGUGCCCGCCAGAUGGUGGACGUCAAGAAGGACGACGGCUUCGCAGCACUGCACCUGGCCUGCCUCAACGGACACCGCGCCGUCGCGGAGACUCUGCUCUCGCUGGGUCGCGCCGACGUCGGGUUGCGCAACAAUCGCAGGCAGACGGCGCUCCUGCUCGCCGUGUCGCAGGGCCACUGCUCGGUGGUGGAGCUGGUGGUGUCGACGGGCGGCGACGUCAAUGCGGAGGACGAGGACGGCGACACGGGGCUGCACCUGGCACUGAUGAAGCGCGCGUCCAUCUGCACGCAGAUCCACGAGCUGGAGGCGCCCGCCAUCUACGGGAUCUACACGCAGCUCAUGCAGGCGCAGCGGGUGGAGGAGGAGAGCCCGGUGGCGCUGGCCAUCGCGUGCUACCUGGUGCAGGAGGGCUGCAGCCUGACCAAGAGGAACCACCGCGGCAAGAGCCCGCUCGACCUGGUCGCCGGCAGCCCGCACCUCGCCGACCUGCUCCAGGCGUACAACCUGCAGGGGCAGCCGCCGCCGCCGCUGCCCGUCCCGGCCGCCACUGCCGCCACCGCCAGGUGUGUCACGCUCGGUAGCAGUAGCAGCAGCAGUAGUAGCAGCAGUAGCAGCAACAGCAGCAUGGGCGAACAAGCCGCACCCCCGCCUGUUGAGUGCGCCGUCUGCUCCGAGCUCGGAGACGAGAACGUGCGGUUCGAGCCGUGCGGGCACCGCGUCACCUGCGAGGAGUGCGCCUCGCGUGUCAAGAAGUGUCUCCGCUGUGGACAGGUGGUCAACAAGAGGAUCACCAGCGACGGGCGCACCAUCGCCUGCAAGUCACGACACCCGAGUGCCGAGAGACUGCGCUACCUCGAGUCGAAGAUUGCCGAAAUCGAAGAGACGCACUGCUGCUCCAUAUGCAUGGAGCGGCGGCGCAACGUCGCCUUCCUGUGCGGCCACGGCGCCUGCGCCCCCUGCUCGGCCACGCUGCGCACCUGCCACAUGUGCCGCAAGACCAUAACGCGCAAGAUAAACCUGUACUAGGCUGCCCGCCUCGGGGCCGUGACGCGGAAAACUGGUGCUCGGCCGAGACUACGACGUACGUCGAAAACCUGUACCGGGCCACCUGCUACGUGCGUCGUGAGGUAGUAGAGUGAGAGAGAAACCGGUGCCGGCCACGUGUCACGGGUGUCGCAAAUCUGUAACGUCGGAGAUAAACCUGUACAGGCUACCCGUCACGUAUUCCACGAGACAGUUGCGUCCUGCCAGCUUCUACCGUCAAAGGCCUGCAGGUGGAGUCUACAGUGUCCCGGUGCAUCACCAGGCGAUAGAAACGAUUGCGGCGCCCCACUCGUUGCGCCGGUAAAGCCACGGCGUGUGUGUGCGUACACUUUUUAUUUUUACCGGGAAGAGUCUCACUCGACAGGAAAUAGUGUGUCGUCACGUAAGGUCUCCGUCACGAUGCAGUCUGACGCGGAGUGAGAGAAUCUCGGUGAGACUGUGCGGGCAGCUGUACAGUGGUGUUACGAAUAGUGCAGUGCCACUCGAGUGCAGCCGAGACUUGCACUGCAUGUUUACCAUUCGAGAAAAAAAGUUUUGCUUUCGCUGCACAGUAACUCGCCUGCCUUUGGGGAAAGUCACUACAAUAAUGAGUUUGGCAGCAGUUGAAUUAUAUGUCUCAGUACGAUAUGAAAUACUGUUGACUGAUUGGGCAUUGCAACAUAGGUUUUGUGUCAUUGUUCUCUUUCUGUGUGUAGGGUAGUCUGUACUGACUGAGUGGAUUGUUGUAUCACAUUCUGUGGUUUACUAUGGUGUGUGUGUGUGUGUGUGUGUGUGUGUGUGUGUGUGUGUGUGUGUGUGUGUGUGUGUGUGUGUGUGUUUGUGUGUGAAUGAGAGUGAGAGAGAGAGAUUUAGGUUUAAAAAGUUUUAACUGUAAGUAUAUUAAUUAGAAUGAAGUUAGUAGACACAUUUUUUAAGAACAAAUGUCGCUACAAAAGCAGAAGUAGCGUUUCGCCCGGUGCAAGCUCGACGGCAAAGCUAGAGUGUCAUUUUGUACUACAUGCAGGAGUGAUAUUGUGUGCCAUCCAGGUUGUGAAUUAGAAUUUUAUUUACCUUGGCACUUACUCAGUCAAAUGCAGUGGGUGCUCAGAUUUGAAAGAGAGAUUCUUUCCUCAGCAGUGGAAAUUCCUAGCCGGAAUACAAACAGUGGUAAGCCUUGUGUACAGAUAGGCACAUAAACAGGAAGCUGCAUACCGGACAGCUGUUAAACUGCAAUUCCUCAUUACAGACUCCUUCGUGGUAUGUGAUUUUUUUUUCUUCCUCCCUUUCUUUUUCUUUCUGUGUGUGUGUGUGUGUGUGUGUGUGUGUGUGUUACACAGUUUGUUUUUACCAUUGAAAACAGUCACUCUCUUGACAUUGUUUUUGUACAUACUAUCGCUUGUAAUAGUUCUUUCAGAUGAAAAACAGCAGUUAGCACAGUAGGCUCACAUUCGUAAGGAACUGGUUUCUGUCUCUGGCCAUCUCAGUGUCGCUUUUCUGACAUUUCCCGAGACUCCAUUAUGUGAGUGCUGGGACAGUUUCUCUGCAAAGGACCCUGCUGAUUUUCUUCCCAAUCUAGGCCUGUGGUUCAUCUUUAAUGAUAUUGUCAAUGACAAGGCAUUAAAUAGUGUUAUUUUUCCUUAUUCGGGUCGUAGGACACACUUGUCUAAGCUUACAGGUAUAAGUCUUCCCACUGUAAGGGAAAUAGCUUAUUGCAGUUGCAAACAUUCUUCCGAAGCAUGAGUAUCUCUUUUCCCAAUUCCUAUGUAUGAUUGGAAAUGCUGGGGUGUAGUGAUUUUAUAGCCUUAUGAAUUGAAAUCAAAGGCCAGAGGAGCAGAGUCAAAAAAUUCAUUCUUCACAGUCAAAUAAAAGAUGCAAAAGUGACAGUUUAUGAAUGCUGUCGUGUCAAUUCGUGCAACAUUCCAAACACGUGAGGUGGGCUUAGGCAAAUAACGUAUUAUCAGUCAUGCUGCAAGUGUAGUCCUAAUUUAUGGCUGUCCUAAUUCUCAUUUAUGAUCACAGACCACCUUAGUUCUAAAAUAUCCAAAUUUAAUGCCAAAGUGAUGUCCCCUCAUCAUUUCAACACUUCUUCUUCCUGACAUGAUUCUCCUUAUGCAGGUCAUUCACAGAGCCUCUUCUAAGCUUCUCUUUUCUCCCACAGUCUCAUUUAGCAUCUCCUCCCAUUGCAAUCCUUUUUGGUUCACGCCAUCCUUCACUGAGUCUCUCCAUCUUGUCCAUGGCCUUCCAGGUCCCAUUCUUUUAAUGUGACCAAACCAUUUGGUUUUUAGGGACUUGGUCAGCAGGGGAUUUUGUAUUAUUUCAUUUCUUAUCCUGUCUCUUUGUGCCUUACCGAGGAUUCCUUGUAGAAAUUGUAUCUCUGUUGCUUGUAUUCUGCACAGAUCUUUCUUUGUCAAGUGCAACAUUCUGAUCCGUAGGUCAAAAUGGGAAGAAAAUAUGACUUGUAUAUCACGAUCUUUGCUCUGGCAGUUAUUUUCCAGUUUCUAAUUAUGUCGGAUACAAAAUAAUAAAAUUUUGAACAAUUUUCCUUUCUCUCCUAAAAUUCAUCCUUGACGUUUCCUUUCGGGUUCAUUUUCUUCCUAGAUACUUGAAAGCAUCUACUACUUUAAUAAUUUUUCCAUUGUGAGUUACAUCUUUCAUGUUUUCACUUUUCCUGCCAAUUUUCAUUACUUCACUUUUUGUAAAGCUUAUUUCCAUUCCCACUUCUUCAAUUACUCUCUGUCAGGUGUUUGGUUGCUCUUCGAAAUUCUGCUCAUUUACUUCCUGAAUUAUCAUUAAUCCGCAUAUGCUAUGAUUUUCAUAUCAUCUGCUGUUGGCCCUUGGCGAACUUUCCAUAUGUUGUUGUCCACAGCUAUAUUAAAAAACACUGUGGAGUGCAUGCUUCCUUGCCAAGCCCUCUGUGCAUUAUAAACAGUUCUGAUUUAUUUGUCAUCUAUUAUAACACAAUUCAGGCAUUUUUUGUAUAUUUCAGCACUUCUGUCGUAUUUCUCGUUCACAUAGUAAAUGUGAAAUUGUACGGUGAAUUCUGAUAAUGUGAAGGUGCUGCUAUUAGAAGGUGGCAUUUUUACAAUUUUUCUGUCAGAAAAUUCUGUCCUUGCAAGCUAUUAAUACAGUAAAACCUCAUUUAUACAUUUUGAAGGGAGAUGAUAAAGUAAAUGUGCAAGUUGGAUUAAUGUUAAAAUGAAACUUUUUAAUAUACUUCUAUUAAAGUCAAGUGUGUACAAAUAAAAUACAAAUAUAUUGUACAGUAAUGGGUACAGUAGCUCAGCUUAUAUCUAAGUUAUGGGAAAUUAAAGUUAUUUAGGCCUAAAGAAUGAAUCAAUUGUGGUUUGUUUUUUGGAAGCAAUACUGCAGUCAUAAGUCAAGAUUUCAUAUGCAGUCACUGUGCACAUCUUGUCAUCCCUAAUCUUGUGUAACGUUGUGUUACUUGCAAUGCAGUAAGUGCUUCUGACUGACUGGGAGGGUCCACAGGUCCACCAUCCAAUUCUUUGGAUUCCCCAAAAAUAUUUAUUUCAGCUGAUACUUGCACUGCUACUUUAUUUCCUCCUCACUUUGUACACAACACAUAGCAGUACCAGCAUCACAAUCACCAAAAUCAGUUCCAUUUGAAAUACGAGCCCAGUCAUUCAAGUUACUGUCUUCGUAUGUGUAGUUAAAGGCUACCCAGCCAUUGACCUUCGUCGGUGCUAAUGUGCACAGGUUGCCCAAACUCUUACGGGAAUCGACAAAGCGUGCGCGAGUAAUGAGUGAAUGGGCAACUGUCUGUAAGCUACAUUAUGUAUGUAGAAUUGUGGACAGUUGGGAAUGUGAGUCUCACGGGAAGCGUGCAAGGGAUAAGUCCCUGCAGUCGCGCUAUCCCCUGUGUCCUCGGUGGCUCAGAGGGAUAGAGCGUCUGCCAUGUAAG